GCGCUCUCCCUCCUUUGCAGUCAGUUCUCCCCCGGCCCAGCCAACAUGAGUUUCACAGUGGACCACCACUUCAUGGGCCCGAGCUCGUACCGCAAGGCUCGGCCCACAUCCGUGUCCUCCAGCGGCUUUCACUCUCAGCAGCGCCGUCGUCUCGCUUACAGCCAGCCGUCCUCCAUCGAAAGCCUGGAAACCUUCAACGGCGACAUGACGCGGAGGAGCGAGAAGGAAAUUCUGCAGGCUCUCAACGACCGCUUCGCCGGCUACAUCGACAAGGUGCGCAACCUGGAGAUGCACAACCGCAACCUGGAGGCGGAAGCGGCGGCAUUGCGACAGAGCCAGGCUGGGCGCAUCUCCGCCGGGGAGCACUACGAGCGGGAGCUGAACGACCUCAGGGGUCUCCUGCAGCAGCUGACCGGGGAGAAGACCCGCGCCGCCCUGGAGCAUGAACACCUGGAGGAAGACAUCCAGCACCUGCGGGUCAGGCUGGAGGACGAAGCGCACAAUCGGGGGGAGCUGGAGGCUGCCGCCCGCGCAAUGAAGAAGUACGUGGAGGAGUGCCGGCUGGCGCGGCAGGAGCUGGACAAGAAACUCCGCGCCCUGGAGGAGGAGGCGGCUUUCCUCAAGAAGAACCACGAGGAGGAGGUGGCGGAUCUCCUGGCGCAGAUUCAGGGUGCGCAGGUGAGCUUCGACCUGAGGGACACGCUCAAAGCGGACGUUACCGGCGCGCUGCGAGAGAUCCGCUCACAACUGGACAGCCACGCGUCAAAGAGCGCAGUGCAAGCAGAGGACUGGUUCAGAGUGCGCAUGGAGCGCCUGUCUGACGCCGCCAGAUCCAACCAGGAUGCGAUCCGUGGGUCCCAGGAGGAGAUUGCAGAGUACCGCCGUCAGCUACAGACCCGCACCAUUGAGCUGGAGACGCUCCGAGGAACCAAGGACUCGCUGGAGAGGCAGCGGAUGGAGAACGAAGACAGACACCAGGACGACAUCAACUCACUCCAGGAGACCAUCAAUCAGCUUGACAAUGAGCUCAAAACAACCAAAUGGGAGAUGGCGAGCCAGCUGAGGGACUAUCAGGAGCUCCUGAAUGUAAAGAUGGCUUUGGAUAUUGAAAUUGCUGCAUACAGGAAGCUGCUGGAGGGAGAAGAGAAUCGUUUUGUGUUAGGUGGCAGCCCGUAUACCUACCUGGAGAGCAGGAUCUCAGCCCACAUCAAAGUUAAAAGCGAGGAGAUCUCAGAUACAGUGAUUGUGGAGGAACAGACGGAUGAGACACAGGUGACGGAGGUGACAGAAGAGGCAGAUGAGGAAGAGGAGGAGGAAGAAGAGGAGGAAAAGAAAGAAGAGGACGAGGAAAAGCAAAAGGAAGGCGAAGAAACCAAAGAGGAGGAGGAAGGUGAAGAUGCAGGAGAGAUAGAGGAAGAAGGAAAGGAUGAGGAGGAACAGGGUGAGGAAGAAAAGCAGGAGGAGAAAGAAGAGAGAGAGGAAGAAGGCAAAGAAGAAGAAACUAAAUCUCCACCUGUUAAAUCCCCAGAAUCCAAAUCACCAGCAGCCAAAUCCCAAAUGCCCAAAUCACCUGCCAAGUCUCCUGCAGGAGACGAGUCAAAAUCCCCUCCUAGUAAAUCCCCCGAAUCUAAAUCCCCUGCUCCAAAGACCCCCGAACCAAAAUCUCCAGAAAAGGAGAGCGAUAAACCUGCUGCUGCCAAAGACACCCCAAAGGAGGAGAAAAAGGAGAACUCUCAGCCAGCCAAAGAGGAGCAGAAGGAGAAACAGCAGCCUGUGAAGGAGGAGAAGAAGCAGGAACCCAAGGAGAAAGAACAAGAGAAGGCGGACAAACCUGAUGCAAAGAAGGAUGAGAAACCAAAGGAAGAAACUCCGAAACCUGAGACUUCUAGCAAGACCGCUGAGGACAAACCUACUCCAAAGCCUGAGCCCAAAGAGAGCACUCCUCCUGCUAAAGAGGAGAAGCCCUCUGCUCCCAAACCAGAGAAACCUGAGGCAAAGUCCGAGAAAACUGACAGCAAGGAGGAGAAGAGGCCUGAAGAAAAGCCAGAAAAGACUGUAAGCAAGAAGGAAGAGAAGAAGACUGAGGAAAAGCCUGCACCUAAAACAGAACCAGAGAAAACCGAGAGCAAAAAGGAGGAGAAGAAGCCAGAAGAGAAGAGUAAAGAGGAAAGUAAAGAAGCAAAGGCAGAAAAAGCAGAAAAGUCCUCUAGCCCUGAGUCAAAGGAAACCAAGGAGGAGAAGGCCAAGAAGUAAGACUUAUCGCUGCGUUUUGCCUGUGGAGGAGAAGGAGAUGCCAAAGAACAGAGUAGGAGAGAGAGAGGAGAAUGGUGGAGAGCAGGAGGAAGGGGCUGGAUGUACUCAGCUAUUCAGACAGACAGGUAACAGUAUGUAAGCAAUAUUGAUUUCUGUAGCAAAUAACCCCUCUGCUCCCCAUGUAUGGCCAUUACAUACCCCCCGAAGCUUCUGAUGUAUGACUGUAGUGAAUGCAGAAUGCUCUAAGCUCCUUAUCUGAAUGUGACAACUGCCCUUAAUGAAUAACAAGUGCAUUUAAACUGAAUCCUGAUGUGGCCCGGCAGGACCCUGCUGAGCCCACACGAGCCUUCAAGGGUAGAGAUGUCAAAACUAUGUCGAGCUAAUGAUUGUGAACAAUAUUGAAUAUAUGUAUAAUGUUCUUUAAAGGAGACAGAAACCUCUAUAUUAUAUUUAGAGAUUAAUAAGUUAAGGAAGACUUGAAUGUUGCUCGUUGCACACCUUAAUGCUUCUCCAGACAGGUGAAAGGUGGCGUCUCACUCUUCCAGUCUGCAAAUGCUAGGACAAGGAUGACUGUGCUAUGUAUACACUGCUGAGAAUAUGCAACACGAAACAUUAAAUAAACAAUGAAAAAAAAAAA